UAUUCAUUCAUCCUGCAUGCUUUUGCCUUUGGUUGGCUCAGCGUACUUCACUGCAGCCAGCCUCUAAAGUCUCAAAAGUUGCUUUAGUAAGUACUGAAGACAAAACAUCAUCACAGCUCCCCCCAGAAAACCUGGUGGAAUUGUAUUUUUUUGGGGGGGGAAUUUGUGUCUGGAGUGAGACUAAAAUCAGGGACGGACAGUACUUUGGGAAGAUGUCUGACAUAUCAGUAAAUGACCAGUUGGAGGGGAUUAUAUCAGAUUUUGAAGCUUUGAAAAGAUCAUUUGAGGUCGAGGAAGUGGAUCAGCCACCCCCAAAUCCCUCCACUCCCUCGAGACGAAUCCCAACUCCUCUGCUGAGACCGAGCCCAUCAUCUGGACACAAAUAUCAAGAUUUGGGUACAAAGUUUACAGAUUCAACCUUGAAACAGGCAGAAGCACCUAAUGCUAAAUCACCAAAGUCAUCAGUCAAGAGAAUUGAAAUUACGGGGCCUAAGCAUCCAGAGCCAGUCUCACGGAGAGCAGAGAUUUCUAUUGACCUUUCUUCAAAGCAAAUAGAAGGUGCGAGUCAUGGCGUCCCAAAGAUCGGCCUUAAAAGGGCAGAACUGCUAGGCCACAAGCCUCCCGAAACAGUUCCCAGGAGAACAGAAAUUUCUGGAGCAAAAGUUCAGGAAAUCUCCUCAAGAAGAUUGGAGACUGGGGGCUCCAAGCUCUCGGAAUCCAUUCCAAGAAGAACAGAAAGCUUUGGAUCUUCCCCAGCAGAGGUAUCUCCAAAAAAGGUGGAGAUUCAGACAGCAAAGCAUCAAGAAGUCCCAGCUAAACAGGUGGAAAAUUCGAUCUCUCCCCACACUAAUUACCAUCAGUCACAGGAAGUGCAGCCAGAACGAGCAGUUACCGAAACUAAAGUGAAGAGCCAGAACAGUGCAGAAAAUAGCUCAAUCAAAACCAGCAUUAUGUCAGAACAUUCCAGAGAUGGAGGCAUUAAACAACCUAUGCAGAAUGAGAAGCCAGGGUCUGACCACUUUGGGUACGUGGGUAUUGAUUCCAUUCUCGAACAGAUGAGGAGGAAAGCUAUGAAGCAAGGAUUUGAAUUCAAUAUAAUGGUUGUAGGUCAGAGCGGUUUGGGAAAGUCCACACUAAUAAACACCCUAUUCAAAUCCAAAGUUAGCCGUAAAUCUGUUGAAGGGAAUGAGGAGCGGAUCCCCCAAACCGUUGAAAUGAAAUCAAUCAGCCACGAUAUUGAAGAAAAGGGGGUCCGAAUGAAACUAACAGUAAUUGAUACCCCUGGAUUUGGUGAUCAAAUAAACAAUGAGAAUUGCUGGCAACCCAUCACGGAGUUUAUUAAUGAUCAGUAUGAGAUGUACCUGAAAGAGGAGCUUACCGUCGAUAGAAAGAAGCGGAUUCCAGACACAAGAGUGCAUUGUUGUAUAUACUUCAUUGCUCCAACUGGUCACUCUCUUCGAACUUUAGACAUAGAAUUUAUGAGGCGACUGAGCAAGGUGGUAAACAUUGUCCCUGUCAUUGCAAAAGCAGACACUCUAACAUUGGAAGAAAGGGACCUCUUCAAGGAAAAGAUCAAAAAUGACCUUCAGAAGCAUGACAUUGAUGUCUAUCCUCAAAAACAAUUUGAUGAAGAUGCAGAGGAUCGACUAUUAAAUGACAAAAUUAGAGAAAUGGUGCCUUUUGCUGUGGUUGGAAGUAACCUUGAGUACCAGGUAAAUGGAAGGAGAAUUCUUGGCCGGAAAACAAAGUGGGGGACUAUUGAAGUGGAAAAUACAUCUCACUGUGAAUUUGCCUAUUUGCGUGAUCUGCUGAUAAGGACUCACAUGCAGAAUCUCAAGGAUGUAACCAGCACCAUUCACUAUGAAGCGUACAGAGUUCAGCGGCUGAGUGAGGGGAAUGGGUUUUCCAAUGGACUAGCAGAAAAGGAUUUGAACAGCAACAUGUAAAAUGUGCUUGGCUUAUCCUUCUUGCUGCUGAAUUUAUUUGACCAGCUAAUAAUUUAGGUUAAAAGUAUGUGGUAGUGUAUUGGCACUGCUUGUUUUAAGAUUAUUUAUUCCACACGAUGCAGUUCUGUUCACAAAAAAUGACUAUUAACUCAUCACAAAACUAAGUGAUGCAUACUUGCCAUAUUUUUAUAUUAUUUAGGUUCAUAGAUGUCUUUUCAGAUGAGACCAAAGAGAUUAUGAGAAAUGUUUAGCAGAAAGCCACAAAAUUGAUUUUGUGGAUGAGAUUUUCUUUUGUAAUAAAACUAAAUUGUUCUGAGAGAAACUUAAAGCAAAACUGUGUCAAUUUGAGAGCAAAAUGCUUUUUGUGUCUAUUUGUGAACAGAAUGCUUUGUGGAUUAAACAUUGCUUUUAAUACUGUUGCAGUGCUAAAGCUAAUUAAGUGUUUUACAGAACAAAAAAAGAAUGUAAUUGGCUUAAUUAUUACUGCUCUAUUUAUUUCCAAUAUAUUACUAGCAUGUUUCAGUAUAUCAAAACACAGCCAACUGACAUGUAUUCAAGAAAAUCCCCAAACUAUCUUUGUUCCUUGACUGCUUUCAUUGGAGGUGAAAGAAAACACAAAAUGGAAACAAGAACAAUUGUGAAAUAGUGUGGGGCCUGUUGUAAAAAGAUGAGCUUUUUAGUGAUGUAAACAAUAUUACACAAUGGGUAGAAAGAAUGCUUCUUUGCCAAAAAUUGUAUUGCUCACUGAAAGAUAAAAAGGGUUUAGUUUCAUUAAAAUAAGGCACUUCUUGGAUCUUUAUCCAUCUAAACAAAAUGUAAAAGGAAUGUCAUGUUAGUUACUCAGUACUUUAAAAAUGUAAUUAAUUAUAUUGAAAAUUGAAGCUUUCAUUGUAUGACCUUUGAUGUGCAUUUUUGGGGGUUUACAUUGUCAAAUUAGACUUUUUGUAUAAAAUAAAAAUGUGUGUUUGAUAUAUAUUUCCUAAAAUAAACAUUGCAAAUUUAAUGUU